AUGAAUAGCGCCAACGGGCAGACAAUUACCGUAUGCGGCAACGUUUUCCGCUUGGUAGAGACUGUUGGACGAGGUUCCUAUGGCACUGUGCAUAAAGCUAUCAACUUAUCGUCCGGAGCGGCCGUGGCUGUUAAAAUGAUUGGUAAAGAUAAAUUACGGCGACCACACGAACGUCAGAGCAUUGAAAAGGAGAUUGAGACUAUGCGUGUGGCUGUGGAGCAAUUUGAAAAUGGUCACCCGCAUAUUGUGCGACUGUUGUGCACGAAGGAGUCGCAGUAUUACAUUUUUAUCGUGCAGGAAUAUUGUGCUGGUGGAGACAUUGCACAGCUGAUGAAGGCGAACAAUGGGUUAGCGGAGGAACAGGCACGGCUUUAUAUGACGCAGUUGGCGUCGGGGUUACAGUUUCUCCGCUCGCAGAAUGUGGUUCAUCGUGAUCUAAAACCUGCCAAUUUGUUGCUUUCAUCGCGGAAUAUGACGACGGCAAAGUUGAAAAUUGCGGACUUUGGUUUUGCGCGCGAGUUGGAGUCGGAGAUGAUGGCUGAGAGUGUUGUGGGCUCGCCGCUCUAUAUGGCACCGGAACUAUUGGAGUACAAGGGUUACGAUGCUAAAGCAGAUUUGUGGUCGGUUGGCAUCAUCUUGUACGAGAUGAUUGCCAACGAACACCCGUUCCUGGUAGUGGAUAAUCGUCACGCAACUAAUCACUUGGCACUGCGCCGUAAUAUUCAUCGAUAUUUUGAGCAUUAUGGCCAUGUUCGACUCCCGAAGAGGGUCGCUGUGUCUCGUGAGUGUGAGCGAUUAGUAGAGGCACUAUUACGGCUUGACCCACGCAAGCGCAUUUCGUUUGAGGAUUUCUUCCGCGAGCCAUUCUUAUUACCGCCUAUUCCGGCAGAUGCUAGCGAAGGCACAAACAUUUUUGAUUUGGACAGCUCCGAGACAAAGCAGCCUCUUGUUGCCGGAAACCAGCCCGAAUAUGAGGAUUGGGCUACCUGUAGUGACGAAUACGUGAUGGUGGAAAAUGAGUAUGAGGACGUUGGUCGGAAGGUUCUUGACGGCCAAGAUCUGAACGUAGACCUGGAUGAAAAGGCAACACAGACGAAGCUCCAUAUGAAAGAGCGUGUAUCCGUAACUGUUGCAGACGCUGCCAUAGUCGAUGGAAGUAUUGAGAUCAGAGACUUUGUGGUUGAUACGUCUUCUCCCCGAAACGAGAGAAUUACACCUGGAUCUGUGAUUGCACCAAUGCCGACUGAGUUGGAGAGAGAUGCUAAAAUGCCAGCACGGGACGUGAUUGCGGCAGCCAAAAAUGACAACUGGUUGGUCGGCGAGCGCCGUCAAUGGGUGACCGAUGAUAACCGUCUUGAGGAAUUGCUGGGCAUUUGCUACAAGAGUUUCUCGUGUGGUAGCGUAGCACUCUUCGUGCCCACACCAUUUGGCGAUUACAUUGCAUUUCAUGAAGGAUGCCCUCAUUAUUAUUUGUCCGAAGAAUCAAUUGCAGCAUCUAAGAAAGACGACAGAAACCCUCCGUACGUUCUUGGUCAUAUCGUCUACAUUGAAGAUCAUGAAACCACGGAUAAAUUAAAUCCAUUCUGUCUCCGAGAAGGAACCAAGUAUCAUGUGGUGUCUGUAACACCCUUAGCAACGUCAUCCCAUGAUGCAAAUGGCAGUGUCGGGACGACGGGCAAUUCGUCUGCAUCCGAUGAGCUACCACUUUCACAGGUCCUAACUGGUCGUACAGUGUCAAGUGAUACGGAGGAUAGCGGUAUGCACGAAGCCGUGGAUGAGCUGCGUUGUAGCGAUACCGCGUAUGACUCUAUUGAGCAUCAACGGAUAUCAUUCCGUAGUUUUCAAAUUAGUUCACUGGCGUUAUUUUUUCUCAAAGGAGGAAAGUUGCCAUAUGUGGCAUUCAAUGAGGGAGCACCACACUAUUAUCUAGCAAACGAGUCCAUCCAGGCGGCAAUUUUGGGAGUGGGGAGUGAUCGUACCCCACCUGCUUAUAUUUGCGGUGAAAUUAUCUUUAUUGAUACUUUUCAUGCAAUUGAGGAUUUUAAUCCGUAUCGCUUACCAUAUGGCACUCGAUUCCAUGUUGUAACAGUUGCCAACCCAAAAAGAACGUGA